AUGACCGACACAAACACGUCCUUCAGAGACAAAGCGCGGUUUUUCCGCCAGCUUGAAACUCUCGGUGGACAAAGUGAUGACAACGACAACGACGAGUUUCAGGAGGCUGAGCUACGUAAUAGACAACAACUAAAGGCCUUCCAAGCCGCAGUGCAACCCCGACAGCCACUGCAAGAGAAGACACUACAAGAGCCGCAGUCGCAGCCGCAGUCGCAGCCGCAGCCGCAAUCGCAGUCUCCCCUUCCCCAACGACUGAGCCCAACCCUUAGACAGACAUCGUCCGUUCCGGUCCCGGCUUCACCUACGGAUUUCGGACGGAAGGACUUCAUCGAGCGGACCCCACUUGCCGAAAUCAAGGGUUCCGGAAGGAGGGAAGCUCCUGCCGCGGAUAGCUUCAUCGAAGACACACCCAUACCGGAUUCCUUGGCUCGGCCACCGCUUCAGCCAAUUCCAAGUCUCACUAGAAGCGUCGCUACGCCUUUGUCAAUCGCCAAGCACAUGCUGCCUCGCCGGGUCGACAAUUCCCCCUCUGUCGCCGCCAUGAAGAAGAGGAAGCGAGACCCUCCCAUCAAGACUGUGCCCGAGGAGCAGCAGAUCUUUCGAGGCUUGCAUUUCUACUUCAUUCCCAACGAUGACAUUGCACCGGCCAGGAAGAUCCGUAUACGGAAAGCCCAGGAGUUCGGCGCGUCUUGGGUGAGGUCUUUGGAGAGCGCGACCCACGUUAUAGUUGACAGGAACUUGGACUGGAAAAGCAUCGAGUCGAUCGUUCUACCGAAGAAUGGAACAUCUCCAUUCCUCGUUCUCAGUGACGAGUACCCUUUGGAUUGUCUAAGGUUUAAAACUCUGCUCAAUGCUGAACAGAAGCAGUAUCGAGUCUCUGGAUGCCCAGAACCAUUUUCUGCCCCAGCGGAUCCUCCAGCCGAAUCUCGCGGUGUCCAGCCAUUGACAACAAUCUUGCCGGAUUUGCCACUCAAGUCCCGUAAGAAGAACCCGCAGAAAUGGGAAUAUGUCCCGCCAUCGACUCCACCCAGGGACCAACAGUCUGCUGGAAUUACGGCCGAGGAGGAUGUGGCUGGUGCACCAACAUCUGCCUUGAUGGAUAUCACAGAUAUCGUACAGCCACCAAACACAUAUAGGGCCAUGAGGCAAGGUAGCAUUAACUCCGAUAGUGGAUCUCCUUCAGUCAUUGAGAAGCCGACAUCCACACCCGAGGAUGAUCUGGAAGGUAUUAUUUCACAGAUGCAACAGUUUAGGAGUCUACCGCUGGGCCAUGACGACGAUGACACGACAACCUCGACGCAAACGCCAGAAGAGGACUCUAGUGGAGAUGGAAAUAGCUCCGAUGACGAGCGCCAAUGGAAGAAGAGGGCAGUUGUAAAAGCUCGGGGCCGUAAAGACAUGGCGUGGGAGGACAAGUUCGCAUGCCAUAAAGGGGGCACCAAAAGUGGUGACGAGACGAACCCGAAUGGUCGUACAAUCGAGAUUUUGCAGCAAAUGUGCAAUUACUACGAGCGUAUCAACGACACCUGGCGUCCCAUAGCUUACAGGAAGGCCAUAACACAGCUCAAGCGGCAACCAAACAAGAUAUCUACGGCCAAGGAAGCAAUCCGACUGCCUGGGGUGGGCCAACGAUUGGCUGACAAGAUUGAGGAAAUCGUUACGACGAACCGGCUUCAACGACUGGAAAAUGCGGAACAAGAGCCCAUGGACGAGAUCUUGCAGAUCUUCCUCAGGAUUUACGGCGUGGGCAGCAUACAAGCAAGCCACUUCAUUUCGCAAGGGUUUCGGACACUAGAGGACCUCAAGGAGAAAGCGAGGCUCACCCCAAACCAGCGAAUCGGCAUCGAUCACUACGACGACCUCAACACGCGCAUCCCUCGGUCCGAGAUUGAGCUUCUCGGGGCAGUCGUGAGAUCGGAGGCGGCAAAGCUAGAUCCUGCAGUGCAGCUUAUCAUUGGAGGGAGUUAUCGUCGAGGCGCCGAUGACAGCGGCGACAUUGAUUUCCUCGUCACCAAGAAGGGGACGAGAGCGACGUCUGAACUCGUACCAUUCUUGCACCAGUUGGUCAAGACACUGGAGACGCAGGAGUUUCUCGUUGCGAGACUUGCAGGAUCUCGAGAGGAAUCGGACGGCAGCAAGUGGCACGGGUGCUGCGUUCUCCCUGAAACUAGGGGCGUCAACGACGAAAAUUACCGGCGGGUUUGGAGGCGUGUGGACUUCCUCUUGGUUCCAGAGACGGAGAUGGGUGCGGCGCUGAUAUAUUUCACGGGAAAUGACAUUUUCAACAGAAGCAUACGGUUGUUGGCAUCGAAGAAGGGGAUGCGGCUUAAUCAGAGGGGCCUCUACAAGGACGUGAUGAGGGGUCCUGGGCGCGUCAAACUGACAGAGGGCGAGCUGGUGGAGGGACAGGACGAAAGGAAGAUCUUUGAGAUACUGGGGGUCAAGUGGAGGGAGCCCCAUGAGAGAUGGUGUUGA